AUGCAUUUCGCUUCAGUUCUCUCUCUUCUUUCUGCCCUGGGCGCCGUCUCGGCAUCGCCGCGCUUCGGCCUUGGAGGCCACCAUUUCCGUCGCCAAGGCUCCAUCGUCAACGAGACCACCAACCCCUUCGAGGGCAAGAAACUCUAUGCCAACCCGGACUGGGCCGAGAAGCUCGAACAGACGCACGACGCUUUUGUGGCCAAGGGCGACUCCGAAAACGCCGGCAAAGUACGGACUAUUCAGAACAUCGGCACCUUCGUAUGGGUCUCCAACACAGCCAGUUUGGUCAACAUCGACACCGCCGUGGAGCGAGCCCGCGCCAUUCAGAAGGAGACCGGAGAAGAACAGAUUAUCGGUCUCGUACUUUACAACCUCCCCGACCGAGACUGCAGCGCUGGCGAGAGUGCCGGAGAGUUCAGCAGUGAGGAGAACGGCUUGGAGCUGUACAAGGAGACGUACAUCAAGCCGUACGCUGAGAAGCUGGCUGCCGCAAGCGACUUGACUUUCGCUGUUGUACUUGAGCCUGACUCCCUCGCAAACUUGGUGACGAACCUGAACGUGGAGUUCUGCGCGAAGGCCGCCCCGGUCUACGAAGAGGGCAUUGCGUACGCCAUCUCAAGCCUGCAGUACGACAACGUCCAUUUGUACAUCGAUGCAGCUCAUGGGGGAUGGUUGGGCUGGGACGACAACUUGGCACCUUCUGCGAAGCUUUUCGCGAAGGUUGUUCAGAAGGCUGGCAACAACACCAAGAUCCGUGGCUUCUCCACGAACGUCUCCAACUACAACCCCUUCCACGCCAACCCCCGUGCCAACUACACCGAGUGGAGCAACUCAUACGACGAGAACAACUACGCUCUCUCCCUCUCUCCUCAUCUCGAAGCUGAAGGUCUGCCCUCCCGAUUCAUCAUCGACCAGGGCCGCGUCUCCAACAGCAGGGAAGAGUGGGGUGAAUGGUGCAAUGUCAGCCCUGCCGGCUUUGGUAUGCAGCCCGGCACGCCUGUCAACAACACCCACAUCGACUCUAUCGUCUGGGUUAAGCCUGGUGGCGAGAGUGACGGACGUUGCGGCCUGGAGGGUGCUCCAAGGGCCGGCGAGUGGUUUGAUGAGUAUGUUCAAAUGCUUGUCGAGAAUGCCGAUCCUUCUAUUGUUGCUAGCAAGGCUUAA